UCGCCCACUUAUAUACCACACUCUCUCUAUUCACUGCUCGAAAAAAAUAGUCUUUUUGUGGAGUAUUUACUGCAGUUAUAUCCUUUAUUCUUGCUGAGCGCUUUGUCCGGUUACUUAUUCACGGUUCUGUGUUAAGCAGACCGUGAGCGAUCCCACUUCGAUCUUGAAGCUUUGAUCGCUCGCUACUUGAGCCUUAUUGAAAUAAGGAAAAUGGCAGAGCAUUGGCCCCAUCUUCCUUUUAUUCCCUACCCUCCUUCCAAGGCUGGAUACUGGAGUCCCGUGACAUCAACCUUGAAUUGGUGCGAAGAGGACUACUAUGCGACACCUUAUUCCGCAGAGAUUGUGAACUCCUUGACGAAUUUACUGUUUUUGUUAUUGGGAAUCAAGGGAGUGUUAAAUGUGCGAAAACAUGGCCACGACAAGGUUUUUGAGGUCGCUUUCUACGGAUACUUGCUUGUUGGGACUGGCAGUUUUCUGUUCCAUUCGACAUUGAAGUAUCCUAUGCAGUUGGUCGAUGAGCUCUCAAUGAUCUAUACCACAUGUCUCAUGUGUUACGCUUCCUUUUCAUACUCGAGAUCAGCACCAGUCAGAACUUUCCUUGCUGUUGCUCUUACUGGCCUCGCGGUUUUCAUCACACUAUACUACCAUUACCUGCAAGACCCCGUCUUCCACCAGAACGCCUAUGCGCUUCUCACCACCAUCGUCGUUCUCCGAAGCAUGUACACCAUGGAAGUCGCCCUGCGCCCGAAAUGGCGCAAAUCGCGCGAAGAAGAUCGAGCAGCUCGUGAGAAGCAGGGUCUUCCGGUCCCUAGCAAGGAGAGACAAGAAUACGAGAAUGCGCGCGACCUCAAGACGCUGAAGACAAUGUGGUUCAUGGUGGUCUAUGGUCUGGCAAUGUUCCUUGGCGGUUUUGCAAUCUGGAAUUUGGAUAAUUUCUUCUGCAAUACGUUACGAAGUUGGAGGCAGCAGAUUGGUUUACCGUGGGGUAUUUUGCUUGAAGGUCAUGGUUGGUGGUGAGUUUGCCCUUAUUACGACCCUCAUGGUGCUCUUUCCAUAGAAUAACUGACUUUGUGCUAUAGGCAUCUCAUGACUGGAAUUGGCGCGUACCUCUAUAUAAUCUGGGGGAUCUGGCUACGACACAUCCUAAACGGAGAACAAGACGAAUACACGCUUAUAUGGUCGCAUACGUGGAACUUCCCCGAAAUCGUCCGCUCUCCAGCUGCUUCCUCGAAAAAGGUCAAAUAGAUUCUGAGUGCGGAUUCUACGAGCUGGGCUCUUACCGAUUGAUUCGGUACUUGUAGGGGUGAUCCUGUGUGUAUCACAUGUGUGUAUGUGCAUACAAGAUGAUGGCGCAAUGCGAUGAUUGGCGGGCUCUGAUCAGUUUUUAUAGACGGAAAUGCUUGAUGGGUGUCCACUGUUCCCUCAGUCUUUGUAUUUGUCCCUAUUCCCAAGGGAACUGAAAGAUGAAAGCAAACGAGGGGUUUGCUCUACCCUCUGAAUGGUAUGGACGGGGUAACGGAUGAGAUUUGACGUAUUAUUAGAAACAUUUUUAGAGAAUUGAUAUUCGCUUUCUUCAAG